AAAGCUUGCUUGAAGCUUCCCAUAGUGCUUUUGGAUAACCACCAUGACGUCAGCCUGCGUGUCCAGGUUUGGGCUGAUGGGAAUGCCAUUGAUGUGAACAGCAACUGUUGGAUUCUGUGAUUGUCCUUUCUUCAACUGGUACAGACACACAUCUUCUAACCAUUCCUCUUCUUAAGACACACGGUGUGUGCUUGGCUCCUGCUCAAGCUCCACUGCGUUGGUUCACUUGCUUUUCACGUCGUUAGCAGCACUGUUGCUCACUCGGUUGAAGUAAUUCAGACGUCCACACUUAAGUUAUCUCCUACCUCUAGCUGGGCAUGAAUUCUUGUUGACAUGUACCUCAUUUCCGCACUUGAUGCAGUGUUUGGAGCAGCUUCUGUAACUCUUCUCUGCCGACUAAUAGCAGUAAGCUGAGCUUGUCGUCAUUAGUGACUGCCAUCCAUCGAGUGGCUCAUACAAAACGAUCUUUCUUUUUGCAUUGCCCUGGUUCACCACUCAAACUCAAGGCUCCCUUGCUUGCUCGUACGCUAGACAGAAUUCCAGACAAUCCUUCAUGGCUGGUUUUGGGUUUGUCGGGCAUUUUUUCUUUUUAUCCUCGUCGCCAGUACAAUAGACUAUGGCUGCCAUGCUGGCUGAGAAUUUUUAAACAACAUCGGUAACCGGGCCUGAAUGGCCCCAGCAUGCAGUGGACCUGGAGCCCAAUCCUAGUGGUAAGAUACUACACUUACAAUUUUGCUAUGCUGUAACUUGAUAUCACAGGAUAUCAUAACAGAAGUUGCAGACAAGGCUUCUGAUUGGCUAGAGAUGAGAUAAGAGCACGGUAAAUGCGUAUAGGGUUUACCAUUCUGAUUGGACCCUGACCAGGGAAAAUGUGCAUUCUUGGUAAACUACAUUUGAUCAAAAGUUGUUACGAUUUGCCUCAUUAACUGAUGUUUUCGUUUUUCAUAAAGAGGUGCUUAAGCAGGUGAAGGAAGAGAAAGGCAGCAUCAAGGAUAAACUUGGACAGGUGGAAGAAAACGUCAAAGAGACACUCGAGCAAAUGGGAUAUCAAGUGAAAAAUGUCAGUGAAAAGUUAGACUCCUUAAAGGAAUCAAGCCAAGGUGAAGAAAAAACUAGAAACGACCUUCAACAGAUGAAAAGUAUGAUAGGGGACAUCAGUGACAAGUUAGACACUGCGAUGGCACAAAGAGGGAGCGUGGAUGAAGACAAAUCCAGAAACGACUUUCAACACAUGAAAAGUGAGAUAGCGAACAUGAGUGAGAAGUUAGACACUUUGAUGGCACAAAGACAGACCGACGAUGAAGGCAGAACGAGAGAUGAUUUCAAGGAGAUGAAAAGGGAAAUACGAACCAUCAGUGAAAAGUUGAAAAGUCAAAUGACAUCAGGAGAAGAAGGAAACAGCAGAGACAACCUUGAGCAGAUGAAAGAGGAAAUUGCAGACAUCAAAGAAAAGUUGGACACUUUAUUGAACCGACUUCCUCUGGAAGAAAAGAAACUGAAGAUGGAAGAAAACCUCAAAGAGACACUUGAGCAAAUGAGAAAUCAAGUGAAAAAGUUGGGAUCACUCCUAGACGAAGACAAACUUCAACAGAUGAAAAGUGAGAUAGCGAACAUGAGUGAGAAGUUAGACACUUUGGUAGCACAAAGAGAGACCGACGAUGAAGACAAUACGAGAGAUGAUUUCAAAGAGAUGGCAACGGACAAACGGACCAUUAAUGAAAAGCUGAAAAGUCAAGUGACAUCAGGAGAAGAAGGAAACAGCGGAGACAACCUUGAGCAGUUGAAAGAGGAAAUUGCAGACAUCAAAGAAAAGUUGGACACUUUAAUGAACCCACUUCCUCUGGAUGAAAAGAAACAGAACAUGGAAGGUAAGAUCUACUUUUUCAGCGGGAGCGGGGCAGACAAUUGGACAGCUGUUGUGGUUCUCGUUCGGUUCAGGGUUGUGUAUGUGUAACUUUCUAUUAAGAGGAUAAAGGAUGCAUUAAGUUAUUCGAGUUAUCGCUUUGGUUCUAUAUUACACUUAUGAGCCCC